AUGCCUAAUAUAAAAGGAUCUAUCGAAAAUUUACGUCGUCAACUACGUUCAAUUCGAUUUAGUUAUGAUGUCAAUUUUCAAGGUAUGGUGUUGGGUCAGUCAUCUGCAUUUGUUGAAUUUUAUCGGCGUUUACUCUGUGAUUAUAAUGCAAAAGUCACCAGUUACCUCGUUGAACUUGGAUUUGGAAUGCUCGGCACAACAGACAGCAGAUUUAUGGAAGUGCUUUAUCGUAUUCUUCGAGAUGUUUUCUCUUAUCGACCAUCGAUUACAAUGGCACAAUUUUUUGUGACUGGAUUUGCAGAACGUAAAAUUGAAAUGGCUACCACUGUUGCUUUACAUAUAGGAUCCUUAAUUAAACAUCAAGAUAAGAAUAGAAUACAUUCCAAUUAUUAUCAUCAUCAACGACAACACGAGAGCCGACAUCAUAAUGAUCAGUUGAAGGCUAAUUCGAACACACAAAUACCUUUAGUGUUGCCUGGAGUUUCAUUGCAUCGAUCAAUUGAGCGGAAUGUUGAAAAAUCACUUGUUUCAUCUAAUGAUAACAGCAAUAAUAAUGAUAAUAAUACUGAAUUUUGUAGAAAAUUUGUACAUUCCAGUGGAAAAAGUCCUGUACUCUAUAAUGAUUUAUCGAAUGAAAUCAAUUGUACUGUUUUAAAUGGUAAUAAAACUGUUCAAAGUAGAGAAUGUUCACAAGAACCUCAUAACUGUGGUAAAGAUCGUAAUGUAAAUGGUAAAGAAGCAAAGUUUUACAGGACAAAGACACUAAAUACUGAUCUUAAUUCACGUGAUCAACAUAACAAAUUCAAAAAUGAAUAUGCUCAGUAUAAACACAUCUAUCAUGCUCAUUAUCCAUUUGACAAUAACAAUCCACGACGUUCUUAUACAUCUCAUACACUAUAUGAAAAUUGUACAAAAUUAUCCGAUCAUAAAUGA